GGAAAACCCUAUUAAUCCAGUACUAGCAGUUUCUACACUUUCAAAUCCCUUUGUUCACCCAACACCAUGUCCUCACAGCACUUUAUACCGCCACUAAACUACGGCAUGAUUGAAGAAGAUCUAUACCGAUCCGGUCAGCCUAAUGAGCUAAACUUUCCGUUCCUAGAGAAGCUAGGUCUCAAAACUGUGGUUUGGCUGGCACCUGAAGAGCCGAACCAACGAUUCUGUGACUUUAUCGACGAUCAAGAAAUUCAGUUAUACCAUUUAGGUGUCAUAUCGGCUGUCAAUGCUUGGGAUCCUAUUACAGAAGAGGCAGUCUUGGAAGCACUGGAUAUCAUCUUGAACCCAAGGAACUAUCCCAUGAUGAUUAUGUGUAAUCUUGGUCGGCAUCGCACAGGUACUAUUGUUGGAUGCUUAAGGAAGCUGCAGAGGUGGAAUCUUACUUCUAUAUUUGAGGAGUACCGUCGAUAUGCUGGACCUAAAGUCAGACUUUUAAAUGAACAAUUUAUUGAAUUGUUUGACACCGAUCUUGUACGAAUACCAGAAACAAAACCAAGCUGGCUGUAACAUGAAAAUUACAUUUUUCUCAUCAAGGGCGAAAAUAUAAUAGAUCUUUAAUAAAUACAAUAUACCGUGAUGAUGGGCGGCGUUCCAAGAAUAAGAAAGAAA